AGCGCUGGACCAAUUGGAGGAGUUGUUGUUAAGAGGUCCGUGAGAACCGGUUUGGGAGGGAGGACGGUGGCAAGAUGGUCCUGGAAAGCACUAUGGUUUGCGUGGACAACAGCGAGUAUAUGCGGAAUGGGGACUUCUUACCCACCCGGCUGCAGGCCCAACAGGAUGCUGUCAACAUAGUAUGUCACUCCAAGACCCGCAGCAACCCUGAGAACAACGUGGGCCUCAUCACACUGGCCAAUGACUGUGAAGUGCUGACCACGCUCACCCCUGACACGGGCCGCAUCCUCUCCAAGCUGCACACUGUCCAACCCAAGGGCAAGAUCACCUUCUGCACCGGCAUCCGGGUGGCCCAUUUGGCUCUGAAGCACCGACAGGGCAAGAAUCACAAGAUGCGCAUCAUUGCCUUUGUGGGGAGCCCUGUGGAGGACAAUGAGAAGGAUCUGGUGAAAUUGGCAAAACGCCUCAAGAAGGAGAAAGUAAAUGUUGACAUUAUCAAUUUUGGGGAAGAGGAAGUGAACACAGAAAAGCUGACGGCGUUUGUGAACACGUUGAAUGGCAAAGAUGGAACCGGCUCUCAUCUGGUGACAGUGCCUCCUGGGCCCAGCCUGGCUGAUGCCCUCAUCAGUUCUCCGAUUCUGGCUGGUGAAGGCGGUGCCAUGCUGGGUCUUGGUGCCAGUGACUUUGAAUUUGGAGUAGAUCCCAGUGCUGACCCUGAGCUGGCCCUGGCCCUUCGUGUUUCUAUGGAAGAGCAGCGGCAGCGGCAGGAGGAGGAGGCGCGGCGGGCAGCUGCAGCCUCAGCUGCCGAGGCUGGCAUUGCUGCGACUGGGACUGAAGACUCAGACGAUGCCCUGCUGAAGAUGACCAUCAGCCAGCAGGAGUUUAGCCGCACCGGGCUCCCUGACCUAAGCAGUAUGACUGAGGAGGAGCAGAUUGCUUAUGCCAUGCAGAUGUCCCUGCAAGGCGCAGAGUUUGGCCAGGCAGAAUCAGCCGACAUUGAUGCCAGUUCAGCCAUGGACACAUCUGAGCCCGCCAAGGAGGAGGAUGAUUAUGACGUGAUGCAGGACCCCGAAUUCCUUCAGAGUGUCCUGGAGAACCUUCCAGGUGUGGAUCCCAACAAUGAGGCCAUUCGGAAUGCCAUGGGCUCCCUGGCCUCUCAGGCCACCAAGGACGGCAAGAAGGAAAAGAAGGAGGAGGACAAGAAAUGAGACUGGAGGGGAAGGGUAGCAGAGCCUACUCGGGGGCUUCAGAGGGUGGGAUGGGAUAUAGGGCUAGAUAUGUUGUCUGUAACCAUUACAACCCAAAUAAAACUUGGUGACUUUUUUUUUUUUUUUUUUGCUCCAAAUAGUGGUAGCUUUGAGUGUGAGAGAGGAGUAUAUGGCAUGAAGGAGAGCAUUCCCUGUUGAGUUCUCUGUGCCUUGAAAACCUGGUCUCUAAAUCCUGGUCUUAACGUUUUCUCCUGCCAUGGGGCUGUUUUGCUUGCACUAAGGGUUGCUUUGUUGAGAGUCACUGUGCUAGGCAUCAGGGCCUAAUAAUAGCAGUACCGGCCUUCGGGGACCCAGAGUCUGGGGCAGGGCAGGUGUGUAAAUGAGCGGUUACACACAUCUGCCAUGUACCCAAGGAGGCAUGAGCCAGACUCCCUGGAAACAGCGAGGAGAAGGGACCAAACUCUCACUGCCCCUGGGGAGGGUCUGGAGGCAGCAUUUGAGCCCUCUAAUGGUGAAAAGUUGUUCAUCAGCCGAGAAGGAAGAGAUGGGGACGUUUCCAGUCUGGGAACAGGAUGCUGUGGAGGCACUCCGGAGGGACUAACCAGCUCAGGAGACAGACGGAAGGUAGGCAGCAGUCAACACUGAAGAUCAGGGCUCCUUGAGGCCUGACUGGGACAGAGAGGCGUCUGAAACCUUGGAGCGCCAAAUUAGAGGAAAGAUUUUUGUAGAGUAUGGGAUAGAAUGCAAAAUUCACAUAAUGCCUCCCCUUUGUUAUAUUAAAGCGGUAAGUAAUAUUUGACACAAAGUACUUAGCCUAUGUAUAAGCUGUGAGGCAUAAAAACAAAAACAUACCUGAAGUCACUCAAAUUUAAGAGCUAGAAUAUCUCCUGGUCACAUACCUAUGCCCUGAACCCACCUCUCCGCAGCCUCCUCAAAGAUAACUGUUAUCCUGAGUAUUUUCCUUUCAGUUUUCUCAUAAACACAUAGCUUCCUGACCAGGACAUGUUUAGUUUUGUUUGUUUUUGAGCUUUAUAAAAAAUAUUUUUAGCCCUGGCUGGUGUAGCUCAGUGGAUUGAGCGCGGGCUGCGAACCAAAGCAUCGCAAGUUCAAUUCCCAGUCAGGGCACAUGCUUGCCUGGGUUGCAGGCCACGACCCCCAGCAACCGCACAUUGAUGUUUCUCUCUCCCUCCCUUCUCUCUCUAAAAAAUAAGUUAAAAAAAUAAAAAUAAAUAUUUUUAUACUAUGACACUUUUUGGACUUGCUUUUUUAACAUUUUGUUUCUGGGGUUUGUCAAAAUUAUUGCACGUAGCUAUUCACUUUUCACGGUUGUGUAGUAUGACAUUCUGUGAAUAGACUCCAAUUUUUAUUUCCUUAUUGGUGGGCGUUUGCAUUGCUGUCAGUUACUUUUCUAUUAUCAACAGGGUUACGGUGGAGUUCUCCAUACACCUCUCCUGAUGCACCUGUGCAAGAGUUUCUUUAGGAUAUGUUACAGGGUGAGGUUGAGUUGUUUCUCAAAGUGGCUGUGUAGGUCUGCACUCCAGCAAUAUAAGCAUUCUUGUUGACCACAUCCUUUCCAGACCUGGGCAUCGUCUUAGUUUGUGCCAAUCUAGUGAGGGUGAAACGGUAACUCAUUGUGGUCUUAAUUGUAUUUCCCUGCUUACUGGUGAUAUUGAUCAUCUUUUCAUAUAUUUCUAAGUUUAAGUCUUUGUAUUUCUAUUUUUGUGAAAUGUCUCUUCAUAUCUUUUGUCCACUUUUUAUUGGGUUGUCUUUACAUUGAUGUUCUGUAGGGGUGCUUUAUUCUUGAUACGAAAUCAUUAUAUAUAUAUAUAUAUAUAUGUAUAUAUACUGCAAAUAUGUUCCCU